CCCCUCUCCUUUCUCCCUCUCAGAACCUUCCUGCCGCCGCGUUCGGACCGCGCUGCUUCAGCCUCCGGGUCCAGUUCCAUCUUUCCGCCCUGCGACCAGCAGCAGAGAAAAACUAAUUCCAUAUCAUUUUUUUGCCCCGUACACACUUUGAGGCGAGCAAAAAGAUUUGAAUAAAUUUUAACAAUGAGGGAAAUCGUGCACAUCCAGGCCGGUCAGUGUGGCAAUCAGAUCGGUGCCAAGUUCUGGGAGGUGAUCAGUGAUGAACAUGGCAUCGACCCCACGGGCACCUAUCAUGGGGACAGCGACCUACAGCUGGACCGCAUUUCCGUGUACUACAAUGAAGCCACAGGUGGCAAAUAUGUUCCUCGUGCUAUUUUGGUGGAUCUAGAACCCGGAACCAUGGACUCUGUUCGCUCAGGUCCUUUUGGUCAGAUCUUCAGACCAGACAACUUUGUUUUUGGUCAGUCCGGGGCAGGCAACAACUGGGCCAAGGGCCACUAUACAGAGGGGGCCGAGCUGGUUGACUCGGUCCUGGAUGUGGUUCGGAAGGAGGCCGAGAGCUGUGACUGCCUGCAGGGCUUCCAGCUGACCCACUCGCUGGGUGGGGGCACUGGUUCCGGAAUGGGCACCUUGCUCAUCAGCAAGAUCCGUGAAGAGUAUCCUGACCGCAUCAUGAACACCUUCAGCGUGGUGCCCUCACCCAAAGUGUCCGACACUGUGGUUGAGCCCUACAACGCCACCCUCUCCGUCCAUCAGCUGGUGGAGAACACUGAUGAAACCUACUGCAUUGACAACGAGGCCCUUUACGACAUCUGUUUCCGCACCCUCAAGCUGACCACACCAACCUAUGGAGACCUGAACCACCUCGUCUCGGCCACCAUGAGCGGUGUCACCACCUGCCUCCGCUUCCCUGGCCAGCUCAAUGCUGACCUCCGCAAGCUGGCAGUCAACAUGGUGCCCUUCCCACGUCUCCACUUCUUCAUGCCUGGCUUUGCCCCCCUAACCAGCCGUGGCAGCCAGCAGUAUCGGGCCCUCACAGUGCCUGAGCUCACCCAGCAGGUCUUCGAUGCCAAGAACAUGAUGGCUGCCUGUGACCCCCGCCAUGGCCGGUACCUCACCGUGGCAGCUGUGUUCCGUGGGCGGAUGUCCAUGAAGGAGGUGGAUGAGCAGAUGCUCAACGUGCAGAACAAGAACAGCAGCUACUUCGUGGAAUGGAUCCCUAACAACGUCAAGACAGCUGUUUGCGACAUCCCACCCCGUGGUCUCAAGAUGGCAGUCACCUUCAUUGGCAACAGCACAGCCAUCCAGGAGCUGUUCAAGCGCAUCUCGGAGCAGUUCACUGCCAUGUUCCGCCGGAAGGCCUUCCUCCACUGGUACACAGGUGAGGGCAUGGACGAGAUGGAGUUCACCGAGGCAGAGAGCAACAUGAACGACCUCGUCUCCGAGUACCAGCAGUACCAGGAUGCCACCGCAGAAGAGGAAGAGGAUUUCGGUGAGGAGGCCGAAGAGGAGGCCUAAGGCCAAGUCCCUGUCACCUUAGGCUUCUCAAUCCCCUCAGCCUUCUUCCUCAACGACCCCUUUCCUCUCCCUCAGAAUUUGCAUUUUCUGCCUCUAUCUUGUUUUUUCUUUUUUGGGGGGGAUUCUAGAACAGUGCCUGGCACAUAAUAGGCGCUCAAUAAAUAUUUGUUGUUUGUUGAA